AGUGUGAGUGUGUGUGCAACCUAUGUGACGGAAUCCCCGUCCAGUCUUUAAGGAGCGGAGAGAGAGAGAGAGGGGAGGUGCGUGGACCGGUCCUCUCUCACUGCGGAGCCCCGCGCGCUGAGCUGCUGGACGUUCCAACCUUCUUUUUGUUGGAUUCAAACUAUGAUUCUUUUUUAAACCCAACGAAUUUUUAUAUUUAUUUUAUUUUAAUUCAUUUUUUCCCCCUCGUCAAAAACCGUUUCUGGUGUGUGUGUGUGUGUGGUAAAUCGGGAUCACUACCGUGAGGAAUUUACCGUUUUAUCCCGGGGUGAAGAAAAACAGGUGGAUUAAUAAUAUAUAUAUUUUUUAUUUCAACGGAUGUGUUUGCGGAUGUGAGGCGUUGUGGCUCGCGCGGGGCGCUCAGAUGGAGUAGAAGGUUGCGAUGUCCUCUCGGCUUCUGGAGCGAUGUGGCACAGACAGCAGACCAAGUUUGAACACUUUGUUUGUUGGUUUGCUGACGCCGUGAGCACCGGAGCUUCGCGUGGGGGCGGACGGCUGCGGGGCCGUGGAUCUAUCGUUAAAGAUGGUGACUGGGAGACCAAAGGGACCUCAGCCACACCGACUCUACCGCCACAGAUCCGCAUGGUGACACUGAAGGGUUCCAGUAUGGGCCGUUUGGGCUGGGUCCUCCUCACCCUCCCAGCCCUGCUUUCCCAGAUCAGUGUACCAGCAGCGGCCCAGAAGCCACCUGGGCUAAGUGUGGGGGUGAUCUUGGGUCAGACGAGGCCAAUCAGUGACCAGGAUAUAAUCCCGGUGAGGCGGAACGACGACCCUGUGGAGCUGACCGUCACCACCCUGAGAAUCAACCAGACAGACCCCAAGACUGUCAUCACACAGGUGUGUGAGCUGCUCCAGAAGAAGCCUCUCCAUGGCCUUGUCUUUGCUGAUGGGUCGGACCAGGAAGCUAUCUCACAGAUCCUGGACUUCCUGUCCUCUCAAACAUCACUUCCUGUCCUGGGGGUGUACGGGGGAUCCUCCAUGAUCAUGGCCGACAAG